GAUGGUCUCAUUGAAACGUUCAGCCGGCCCGUACACACACACACGCUGUAUGGGCAGCCGCUAGCAGUUAGCGAGCACCUAUUAAGGAUACCGGAACGGAGCACGUGGGAGUGUGGGUUGUGGCCAGCACCAAGCCCGGCAGCCUUGGUGUUGUGAUACGUUGACCUGGAUUCGAACCCAGGUCACGUCAGCCACGUGUGAAAAGCGCAAUGCCCCUGGCUGAUCCAGCCGUGAAUCAUUGAUACCUUCAGUGGGCUGUGAUUUACAACGCUGCGGUUUGGGCUGUGGUGCCAGCCCAUUCAUCUUCACCGCCCUAAGCCAAUGUCUAUUCCACUGCUGGAUGAAUGCCCCUCUCACUGGCCCAUGCUGCUUGCCCCCUCCAUCUCAACUCCUGCACGCGGACCGAUGCGAUCGCUCCAUCUCCGCUGCGGUGGUGCCUUCUUAGCUCCUGGAUGCGUUGGUGAUAUCAACGCAAACUCCCGAAACUGAGCGUGGUACGGUACUGUAGAGUAAAACGUUACUAACCAUUACGGAAUAAGGUAGUCUGUGCAUGUUGGGUAAUUGCAUAACUCUGUAAAUGCACUUCUGGAUGGAGACCUCUCCCACGCCACAGUGUUCGAGAGUUGGAUUCCUGGAUGAUGGACAGGAUGUCGUUAAUACCACCGCUGCUCUGCUGUUUGCUGUCCGUGCUGGUGGUGGUGUAUCGUGAGUAUCUAUUGGACACGCUGAGACUAGGAGGAUCACGAGUGGGAUCGGUGGCGGUUGGUCGCUACGAGCUGGUGGUCGCCAUCCUCUCCGCGAGGGACAACUGGGUGCUCAGGCAGGCUGUGCGUGACUCCUGGCUGCAGGCCGUGACGGCCAGCCCCUCGCUGAGGAAGCGGGUCCUGCCGAGGUUUGUGGUCGGAAGCCACGCAUGUGACAUUCACCCUGAAGACAGAGAGGACCCAUACUCCUGCUCUUUACUCAACAUCACUCUGCCUGCGAGCGAGCGGGAAAUCGAGGCGGUGACUUGGCUGGAACCGGGGUCGGCGUCGCCGGGGCCCGGGCCCCGGACUCGCGUGGCGCGGCCAACGUUGCUGGGGCUCGACUUCCGGGUUCGCCACCCAGUGGUGGUGACGGCACUCGGUGUGUUCGCCUGGGACGGCACCGUCCCCAACGUCACCGUGCGGCUCCACAACGCGGCCACCAGGGUGGUGCUGGCCGUGGCUCACUUCGGAGCCCUGAGCCCCGGCGUGCGCGUGCGAGCCUGCAGGUACAAGCCCGUGCAGCAGUUCGUGCUCCCCAAGGGCUUCGAGGGCACAGUGGUGUGGGACGGGGUCACCCCGGCGGACAUCGUGCUCUCUGACCCCGGCGACUACACGCUGGACGCGGGAGGGGGCGUUCUGAAAUUCGCAGCGACGGGGCGGUACGGAGAGGUGGGGGACGAGUUCCCGGAGUUCAGACAGGAGCGGGCGGCACUCGCGGGGUCCUUCACCUUCGCCGUUCAAGACGGCGGCUCGCUCGCCACCCACGCCUCCGGCCGGGCGCGCCGGCGUGCUGAGUGGGCCGAGACGGCGCGCCGGGAGGCGGCCGCCCUGCGCGACGAGUCGGCGCGUCACGGCGAUCUCGUCCUGGUGAACGUCACCGACGUCUACCGCAGCCUGCCCAGCAAGAUGCUGCUCUUCUCCCGCUGGGCAGCAGCAUCUCUGGACUUCAGGCUGCUGCUGAAGACGGAUGACGACAGCUUUGUGGACGUGGCGGAGGUGCUGAGGAGUGCGGUGCUUCAGGGCUACGACCAGACCCCGGGCCUCUGGUGGGGCAGCUUCCGUCGGAACUGGGCGGUCGACCACGCGGGGAAGUGGGCCGAGCUGAGCUACCCGGGCCCGGCGUACCCGGCCUUCGCGUGCGGCGCGGCGUACGUGCUGUCCGCCGACCUCGUGCGGUGGCUCUCCUCCAACUCCGACGUCCUCGCCGCCUACCAGGGUGAAGAUGUUUCCAUGGGCAUAUGGAUGGCAGCUUUGGCACCAACUAGGAUACAGGACGACCGCUGGUGGUGCGACGCGGCCUGCGAGCGCGGUGCCCUCGCAUCCUCGCAGCACUCGCCAGCGCGGCUCGCCACCAUGUGGGCGGCAAAGCAGCGCUGCGGUGACGCGUGCACGCCAUGCGAUGCGCCGGACGUCUAGGACGCCGGGCGCUCGUUUACCCCCCCUCGAUCACCCUCCCUCGCUCACCCUCCCUCGCUCUCUUCGCUCGCCCUCGUUCGCUCACCCUCCCUCCCCCUCCUCGCUCGCCCUCGCUCGAACCGGGCCCACUCGUACGGGACUCCCGCCAGCGUCUCUGCAACUCGCACGCAUUUGUGCAGCGUCCGAUUGCGACUGCUGUUCAGAACUGUGGGCUGGGACAGGACCUGGGCAGGACUCGCCGCUUGAAGGGGGCGAUGGUCCGAGGUCGAGAA